AUGUCCACAUUCCGUCUACAAGAUAAAGUCGCCAUCGUCACCGGAUCCUCAUCGGGACUGGGACGAGCAAUUGCCAUCCGCUACGCACAAGAGGGAGCAAAGGUAAUCUGCGCAGAUCUCACACCAACUGCCAGAUCCGUAGAGGAAGCCUCCAUCACGACGCAUGACUUCAUCUUGCAAGCUGGUGGACAGACAGUGUUUGUGCAGACGGAUGUCGGGGAUGCGGUCGGUAUGGAGCGAGUUGUUAGUAUCGCUGUCAAACUCUACGGGCGACUAGAUAUCCUUGUCAACAACGCCGGUAUCAGUAUCGAGGCCCGCACGCCUGCCGUCCUGCAUUUGACUGAUGAGGCUACGUGGGACACGACGAUGCGAGUGAAUGCCAAGUCUGUCUUCCUGGGAUGCAAAUAUGCUCUUACACAGAUGUUGGCACAAGAGCCGCAUUCUUCUGGGGAUCGGGGGUGGAUUGUUAAUAUUUCUUCAAUUAUGGGGAUGAUUGGGGGGCCCGAGAAUCCGUCCUAUUGUGCGUCAAAAGGUGCUGUGAGUAAUCUCACUAGACAGAUGGCUUUGGAUUAUGCACCUCAUAACAUCCAUAUUAAUGCUAUUUGUCCUGGUUACACUCAAACUGCUAUUUUCAAAGAGACUACGACGAACUUGACUCCUUGGGAGGAUCUCAAGCGGCGACACCCUCUGAAGGGUCCUGGCUCUCCGGAGGACAUCGCUCGCGUGGCUGUUGUACUAGCUAGUGAUGAUGCCAAUUGGAUGACGGGCGUGUGUCUUCCCGUUGACGGUGGAUAUACGGCCCGUUAG